CCAUCGCUGGAUAUAAAAGUGGGGAGCUCCGGCCAUCCCCGCAGGUAGUGACAGAAGCGGCCACAAGCAAGGGGCUUUCUUGGUAGAUGUAGACUUGUCUCAACUUCAUAUAACUUUGCAUAUCACCAUGGGCUAUCCGACAAUGCUAACACUGGCUAUGGCGGCGAUCCUGGUCUCCUUGCUGCCGACACACGUACAUGGCCAUGGCUAUAUGCUCAUACCCCCUGGUCGAUCCUCAGCCUGGAGAUACAACGGCACUGACUACUUCCACAUCAACUACAACGACAACGAAAACUACUGCGGAGGAUUUGGCGUCCAGUUCAAUGAGAACGACGGCAAAUGUGGAGUCUGCGGCGACGACUACGCUCAAGCCAGACCACGUGACAACGAAAGAGGGGGGUAUUUUUCCACUGGGAACAUCGUCGCUCAAUACGCUAGUGGUGACGUCAUCGACGUAGCUGUUGUGUUGACAGCAAAUCACUUUGGUUCAUUCUUCUUUGACGUAUGCCAGUCAGAUAAUCCGAAGGCACUCGAAACUGAAGACUGCUUCCAGCCCUUGCUCAACGCAGACAAUGGCAAGGAAUACUUCCAACUGCCCAACUGGAAUGCCGACACGUUCCGGGUUCGACUCCAGAUCCCAAACUGGAUGACUUGCUACAACUGCGUGCUUCGAUGGAAAUAUGUGACAGGAAACAGCUGGGGCUGUGAAACAAGCGUACUAGGAAAGGAGAAGUGUUGUACCGGAUGUGGGUCAAUCCAGGAGCACUUCUUCUCAUGCGCAGACAUUAUGAUAACAAGAAGCGGAAACGAGCGGAUUCCGAAAUGGAAAAAAAUCAACAAGAACUCGGCAACGACACAGAAAACCACACCAACUACUACUACUACUACUCGACGACCACGCACAACCACACGAAGGCCUCGACGAACGACAACACGUCGUCCCCGCCGCACCACAACAACAGUUGCAACAACAACAACUACAGAGAACCAUUUCUGCAGCGAGAUCUGCGACGACCUCUGCAAGCCCAACCUUCAGAUGUUCUGCUUUGACCACUUGUGCGGCGAAUGCCAGUCUUACAGGACCUUGAAAAGAAUGUACAAUAAAGGAUAACUUGAGACAUUGA